UGGAGCCCUUUAAUUCAAAUCCGGCUACCUAAGGCAUUUUUAGGCCAGUGUUGCUUGUAGCUUUAAAUGCUCCCAGCAGCUCGUGAUGAUGUUUGAGGUGCAGUUUAGUUUAGAUGGGAUAAAGCUGUUUGGUUACAGUUAUCCUGAGCACGAAAGGCCCAGGGAUGUCUUUCAAGUUUCAUUAAUUUCGCUUUUAUUUAAGGAUCGGCAAGAUGCAACAUGCGUGAAUUUUUCCUAAUCAUUGGCUAUUUUCCACUAAAGCACUUCUUGACGUCUUAACACAGAUUUCAUUCCUAAAGUAAAUUUCAUCAUUCCCGACCAAAAUAGGAAGAGCGGUUAUCUUUACGUUAUUUUUUAAAGUAUGAAAUUAGGAGUGGGGAAGUGAUUAUGCUCUUUAAUAGCAGAUAGUAAGAAAGACGGAAAGUUUCUCAUACUUUGUGGCCUUUAUUUAAAUGGUAGAGUUUUGCUUUCUUUUGUUUAUUGCUUGCUUUCCCCCUCUUCCCUAUGAUCCACAAGUGUAUAUCCUGAUUUUUUUUUCCUUUUUAACGUACUGGCCCAGUCUUCCAGCCUGAUGCCUGCCCCUUGGUCUUCUGGGAGUCUCGCAUUAAUGUGGCACUCACGCUUGGCCCUUGACCUGGUGGCUGCUGGCCUGGCUGUUGGAAGGGCCAGCUGAGCAGGACCUCCUAGUGGGAGGCUUGGAGGACUGCUAUUAAGGAUGAUUGGGGUAACAGAGCCCAGGGCCUGGAGACGGAUUUUGAGGAGGAGGGUGGUUGGGAGCCUCCCUAGCUGGACUCAGAAGUCAAAACAUGUGUACUGAGAGACGGAAAUAACAGAGGGUCGCUGGAAUACUGUGUCUGUGGACUGUCACCAAAUCUCCUGGAGGAGCGGCUCCUUAAGAAAUAGGACAUAAGGUGGAGGGACUGUAAUGUCUGGUGAACAGAAACCAGGGAGGUACUAUGUGGGCGUGGACGUUGGGACAGGUAGUGUCCGUGCGGCUCUGGUGGACCAGAGCGGGGUCCUUCUGGCUUUCGCAGACCAGCCAAUUAAGAAGUGGGAGCCCCAGUUCAACCACCACGAGCAGUCCUCCGAGGACAUCUGGGCCGCGUGCUGUGCUGUCACAAAGAAAGUUGUGCAAGGGAUCGAUGUAAACCAAAUUCGAGGACUUGGGUUUGAUGCCACGUGUUCUCUGGUUGUUUUGGAUAAGCAGUUUCGUCCUUUACCAGUAAACCAUGAAGGGGAUUCCCGUCGAAACAUCAUCAUGUGGCUGGACCACCGAGCGGUCAGUCAGGUCCACAGCAUCAACGGAACCAAGCACCGCGUCCUGCAGUACGUCGGGGGGAUGAUGUCUGUGGAGAUGCAGGCCCCCAAGCUUCUGUGGCUAAAAGAGAACUUGAGAGAGACUUGCUGGGAUAAGGCGGGACAUUUCUUUGAUCUCCCGGACUUCUUAUCGUGGAAGGCAACAGGUGUCACAGCGCGGUCUCUCUGCUCCCUGGUGUGCAAAUGGACAUACUCAGCAGAGAAAGGCUGGGAUGACAGUUUCUGGAAGAUGGUUGGUUUGGAAGACUUUGUUGCAGAUAAUUACAGCAAAAUAGGAAACCAAGUAUUGCCUCCCGGAGCUUCUCUUGGAAAUGGGCUCACACCAGAGGCAGCAAAAGACCUUGGCCUUCCCGCGGGGACUGCAGUGGCAGCCUCACUCAUUGAUGCCCAUGCAGGAGGACUAGGAGUGAUUGGGGCAGAUGUGAGAGGGCACGGCCUCGUCUGUGAGGGACAGCCAGUAACGUCACGGCUGGCUGUCAUCUGUGGAACAUCUUCUUGUCACAUGGGGAUCAGCAAAGACCCGAUUUUUGUGCCAGGUGUCUGGGGGCCUUAUUUCUCAGCCAUGGUGCCUGGGUUCUGGCUGAAUGAAGGUGGUCAGAGCGUUACUGGAAAAUUGAUAGACCACAUGGUGCAGGGCCAUGCUGCCUUCCCUGAACUACAAGCCAAGGCCACAGCCAGAUGCCAGAGUGUAUAUGCAUAUUUGAACAGUCACCUGGAUCUGAUUAAGAAGGCCCAGCCUGUGGGUUUCCUCACUGUUGAUUUACAUGUUUGGCCAGAUUUCCAUGGCAACCGGUCUCCCUUAGCAGAUCUGACACUAAAGGGCAUGGUCACUGGAUUGAAACUGUCUCAGGACCUCGACGAUCUUGCUAUUCUCUACCUGGCCACAGUUCAAGCCAUUGCUUUUGGGACCCGCUUCAUUAUAGAGGCCAUGGAGGCAGAAGGCCACUCUAUCAGUACUCUUUUUUUGUGUGGAGGCCUGAGCAAGAAUCCCCUCUUUGUGCAGAUGCACGCAGACAUCACUGGCAUGCCCGUGGUCCUGUCGCAAGAGGUGGAAUCUGUCCUUGUGGGCGCUGCUAUUCUGGGUGCCUGUGCCUCGGGGGAUUUCACUUCUGUACAGGAGGCAAUGGCAAAAAUGAGCAAAGUGGGGAAAGUUGUGUUCCCAAGACGAGAGGAUAAAAAAUAUUAUGACAAGAAAUAUCAAGUAUUCCUGAAGCUGGUUGAACACCAGAAGGAGUAUUCGGCGAUUAUGAGUGGGGACUAAACAAGUCUUACAGGUGCUGAUGCCAGAAGGUUCUGUGUCAUUACAUUAGGGCCCUCUGUCAUUUUAUCUUAUAUUCAAAACCCUUUAGGUAUCAUUUCUAUAUUGUCUUUUAAUAAAGAAAACUGAGACAUGUGCAAUCAGAA